ACGACCAGGAGCUGAGAAGAUCUCUUGUGUAGUGUUCACACUACUGAAUUAAAUCAGGAAAGAAAUAUUUCUAUUUUGUUAUAUAUAUAUUUUUUUUUUAAUCUUGCUCUGAAGCUCUUUUUGGAUUCCUGAACGAACAGCCUGUUGAUUUGGAUUUACUGCACAUUUUUAUUUUUUUUUAUUUUUUUUUUUUCAUUCAAAGAAAGAAAGAAAAAAUACAAAAUCAUGGGAUCACAGGCAUCUAAGGGAGGAGUGACUGCGGAGGGCAAAGCCGCCGCCGCCGCAUCACCGGACACCGCCGGGGCCAAGAGUAACGGACAGGAGAACGGGCACGUCAAGACGAACGGCGACGUUUCUGCCAAAGCAGAGGGCGACUCCGGCGCCACCACUAACGGCUCGGCUGAGGCUGCCAAGGAGGCCGAAGCUGGAGCUGGAGACGCCAUCGAACCUGCACCCGCCGCCGAGGGUGACGGCGCCAAGCCUGAGGGUGAAGCGACCAAGGAGACACCUAAAAAGAAGAAGAAGAAGUUCUCGCUGAAGAAUUCGUUCAAGUUCAAGGGUCUGUCGCUGAAGAAGAGCAAGAAGGCGAACACCGAGGUGAAGGAAGAGGCUGUCAAGGAGGAAGAGAAGAAGGAGGAGAAGCCGGCUGAGAAUGGUGCCACUGAGGAGAAGAAGGAGGAAGAGGUCAAGCCUGAGGAGAACGCUGCUGCUGCCGCUGCCGCCCCUGCUGCUGCUGCCCCGGCUGAGACCCCCAAGGCUGAAGAGGCUCCUCCUAAAACCGAGGAAGCCGCUGCCCCCAAGGAAGAGGCCGCCACCCCUUCGGCUGAGCCCACGAAACCGACAGAGGAGACCAACUCAACACCUGCAGCAUCCGAACAGAAGGAGUGAUUGUACGUCGCAAGGAACUGUUGUGAACUGUUUUUCAAGAAAAAAAAUCUAUAUAUAUAUAUUUAUAUAUAUAUGUGUAUAUGUAUACAUAUGUAUAUAUACAUGGAUAUAUGUAUAUGUAUAUAUACACAUGUAUGUGGAAAAAAAAGAAAGAGACUCCUCGUGCCACUUUCUUCCAAGAUUAAUGAGAAACGACAGACUAGAUUCACUGGUUCACUUCCCUAUUAAUGGCUCAAAGAUCUGGGACUCUUGAAUUUAGGCCGCGAUUGAUCGACGCUGGAGUGAAGAGUGUCAGAGAAUGAGAUGAAGAGGAGGCAUCUUUCAAUCCCACCAUCACCAGAGAGGCUAAUAAUAUAAAAUCAAGUGCAAGAUGAACAUCACUACAUAAUGACUGUUAAAAAAAAUACAAAAAAAAAGAAAAGACUCGCCAACUUUCUACAUUCCUAUAUUUUAACCCAAAUUUAAGUAUUUUGUGGUGUAUAGAGAACCAUUUUAAAUAUCCAGAAGGCUUUGUCUUGUUUGUUUGUUUGAAAUCGCAUUUUAAUUUCCAUCUUGGCUAAACACACACACACACACACACAUUUGAGCUUGCUAUGUUCACAUUUAAAGUUUAAAAAAAAAAGAAAGCAGAGUUGUUAUGUGUUAAAUGUGAGCCUUGAUCUGCUUUUUUGUCUCUGUAAAUAAAUUUGACCAAUUUUUGUUCUUUAUUUUGCUAAUGUUAAAAGAUGUUA